AUGUUACGUUCUGGAUUUAUACCUAAACGGGUUUCCAGGAACGGUUUUUUUGCUCUGACAGAUACAAUCGGAGUAAGUAACCGAUUUUAUGCUUUGGCUUCCGAGCAAGUCUCAAGAAAGACGGUGAAACCACUGGACUCGAGGAAAACGUUUCUUGUAGAUACGUACAAGCAUCUGAUGGAGAACAGCUCUGUGGUUCUUUUUGCUCACUAUAAUAAUCUUUCCAAGACUGAAGAUCACCAUUUCAGAUUCAAGAUUAAGCAAACAGGGGGGACACUUACGAAAGUAAGGAAUAAUUUAUUCGAAGUGUACUUGAAAAACUCACAUCUACCAGAUCCAUGUGGAUUCGUGAAACGCAAAGAGCAAAACCGGAGUCAUCCGCUUUUGCCCCUGCUGAAGGGUCCUACUGCCGCCAUUACAUACGAAGAUGCCAAUCCUCAACAAGUGGCUAAGCUUCUAAAGCUCCUGAAAUCAGCACAGGACAAAUUGUUGGUUAUUGGCGCCAAAGUAGAAAACCAAGUUCUGAAUGUGGAGAAAUUGAACGAUUUCAAAUCUCUACCCACGAAAUUGGAAAUGCAAUCUCAGUUAGCCACCGUGUUGCAAAUGCUCAGUGGCCUUGGUUUAGUACGUACAUUGGAAAGCGGUUCCAAUGCACUGUACUUGACACUAAAAUCUCACCACGACAACCAAAAACCCAAGGAAGAUGCAGAGAACAGUUCUGCGGACGACAAAUCAGUAGAAUCAAAACAAUAA